AUGAGCAAUCACAAAGAUCUAGAAACAUAUUCUUCUACUUCACUCUGUAGCGUACUGAAGUUGGCCGACUAUUUCGAAUGUCCAAAUCUCAUGCGCCUCGUGUUCUCACAUCUUAAUGAACAUCUUUCAAAAAAAUCUCCUUCAGAUGUUUGUGACGCUUUCGAUAUUCAAAGUGACUUCAAUCAACUUCAGAGGGAACAGAUGGAACGAGAAGGCUUAUGGAACUUCAACUGCUCCACUUGA